GGUCCUUUUCCUAACCUUCUUUGGUCUGUUUACUGUUUGUAAACAAUUCGACUUCAUUUUCUGACAAAUUUACAGCUUUUAAAAAUAUUUGUAUGCAAAAAAUACAUAACAGUGAAGUUCUACUUUAUUAUUAGUUCACAAACAUUUCGGUUUACUUAAGUAUCAACUUCAAUUAUAAGACUGAAAUUAUACAGUGAUGGUUAAAACUCGUGCAAAGGAUGAAUCUCAAGAUAUUUCAAACCCUCUCCCAACAACUUCUGGUCCAUCGAGUGGGGCGCCUGAGGAAUUUUCUGUUGAAAAGAUAUUAGACAAAAGGACACGAGAUGGUAAAGUUGAAUACCUGUUGAAAUGGAAAGGAUAUAACGAAGAAGACAACACAUGGGAGCCAGAGGAGAAUUUGGACUGUCCCGAUUUGAUUGCAGCUUACGAAUCGCAAUUCGAAAUUGCCUCUGCUGCAAAAGCAGAAGAGGCUGACAAAUCAAAACGGAAAAAUAUAACCGAAGACAAUCGAGCAAGAGGUUUUGAUAGGGGACUCGAACCAGACAAAAUUGUAGGGGCUACAGAUGCCAGUGGUGAGCUUAUGUUCCUAAUGAUGUGGAAGAAUUGCCAGGAAGCCGACUUGGUUCCCGCAAAUCAGAUGAACGUUCGGUGCCCUGAAAUUGUCAUCAAUUAUUAUGAGAAUAAGAAGCAGUGGUUUACUAAAAACAGUGUUAUUGAACUGGAUUAGAUAUUCAUUUUAUAAAUUGUAAUAUCAAAAUUUAGUAUUUUGAUUUUUUCCAUUGACACGGGAAAUUACUUGCUACAUUUUCUUUGAUUUGAAUUAUUGCCGCAGACAUUUUUCAUUGGAUUUUUCAUUCAGUCUCUUUUUCAUCCACACCUCUUAAGGAAAAUGAAGAAUUCUCAAAGUGACUGUACUGAUAUUCCGUUAAAUAUUAAGUGUAUUAAUUUAACAAAAAUUCUCCCAAGAUUUCUGUUAAAGAAAGUAUUUGAGAAAAUUUAGGAUUGAAAGUGGAAGGCGAAGCGUUUUUCAGAGUUAAAUAUUGUGAUAAUUGUGUAAAAUUAAGGAUUGGAGUACAAAGGGUCUCAUUGAAAUCCGCUCAUCAUGAAAUGAGGAUAACUCUGGUGUCUCCAACCAAUUAAGUGGAAAAAUGGUAUAUGCAAUAUUGUAUAGCUGGUCAAUUUCAUUUUUACAAUCUAUCACUGAAAUGAGCUUUAAAAAGUCAGUUUUGAGGAACUAGACAAAACAUUGGGAAUAUAUACAUCAUUCAUUAUUUCAUAUAUUUGGAGUAAACUAAUCGGAGUUGAAGUAUAAACACAAAUAUUUUGAUUUAUUCACUGAUUCUGAUUAUUAUCUUUCAAUUUUAUUUAAUAUUUUGAUAAAAACACGCGAUCUACAUCACGCUUGGUUAUAAAAUAGAUUCAAUGUACUUCUGCGUUCCAUUAACAGAGGCGCACCAAUGUUAACAUUUCCUAACGAGUUUCUUGCUCCAUCUAUUAACAUGUUUACGAAGUUAGCCCAAUGUCAUAUCUCGCAUCAUGAGAUUUUAAAAACAAAAUCGAAUUGGUUGAAUACCAGGGUUCCUACACACCUUCAUUUCAUUGUUAGUUUUCGAAAUUAUUGAACACUGUGCAGGGACACAUCUUCUGAUACAUAACCAUUAUACUGGCUCCCUAAUAGGUACCUUUUUUUAAAAUUUAUCAAUCACUAUGCGGAGUUGACUUUUUCAUUUUUGUGAAAAAAUAUUACAAUAGAUGUAACAACGAAGAAGUGAAUGUUUUUGUCUAUAAUUCUUCAUGACAAUAACCAAUGUUUUAUUGUGCAUGACGUUCUAAUUAUUAUAUGUAGAUACGAAGAUA